AAUACAAAAAGAAGAGUGGGCCGUUCGGCCCGGCCCAAAAAACUCCGUCCCCAAUUUCCACUUGCUUUCGCUUUUUGGGAAAAGGCAGUGACCAAUGACACCCCCCCAGACGAAAAAAAUGGAACCAAUUUUUGAUUCCUAGUUGAAAAAUUUAAAUAAAUAAAUUACAAAAAUACAAUAAUCUCAGACUCCAGAGAGAGAGAGAGAGAGAGAGGAGAGAGCGGAGAAGAUAUUUUGUGUGCCGUCUGCGAUCGCUAGGGUUUCUGGUUCUGGAUCUUCAACCGGCUUCUACUUCGCCGACGAUUCAAGGGUUUCUUCGUCGUCCUUGUCGAGCAGGGUUUUUGUGAUGAAUUGAUUCAACCUGUUGGGUUCGGUGGUGACGCAACUUGUGGUUUUGAAUUGAGUUAACUCGUUGGUUCUGACUUCUGAAUAGGGGUUUCAUUUGGAGCUCAAGGGCUUUUAGGGUUUCGAAAUUAGGUAUUGGAAAUAGUCUAGCAGAAGUGGUGACUUUGUUUUACUAUGCGAAGUUCCUGGGCUGAUUCUGUCGCUAACUCAGCAGCUGAGAAUGUAGCAGUUGCUGGUUCAUCUGCUAGCAAUGGGGUUGUUGGUAGCACCUCUGCAGCUACACGAGCAGCGUAUGUUCCUCCACAUCUCCGAAAUCGAGCACCUUCGGCAGACCCAGUUGCUGCUCCAGCUUAUGGUGCCCCACCUUCUGCUAAUGAUCGACCUGGGUAUGGUGCUCCCCCAGGAGGCCGUUGGGGUGGUCCACGGAACGACUAUAAUAGAUCUGCAUAUAGUAGUGGUGGACGGGGUGGUGGUUGGAGUAGCAGAGGUGGUGGUUGGGAUCGUGGGAGGGAACGGGAAGUUAACCCUUUUGGGGACGAUGAUGGAGAUGAGCAGGAUGCGUUUAAUGAGCAGGAGAAUACUGGCAUUAACUUUGAUGCUUAUGAAGAUAUUCCAGUGGAGACAAGUGGGGAUAAUGUGCCGCCCCCAGUGAAUACCUUUGCUGAAAUUGACUUGGGGGAAGCACUCAAUCAAAAUAUCCGAAGGUGCAAGUAUGUGAAGCCAACGCCUGUGCAGCGGCAUGCCAUACCUAUCUCCCUUGGAGGGCGGGAUUUAAUGGCAUGUGCCCAGACCGGAUCUGGAAAAACAGCUGCUUUUUGUUUUCCAAUUAUCAGUGGGAUUAUGAGGGGUCAGGCUCCACAGAGACCGCCACGUGGGGCACGCACUGUGUACCCACUUGCUCUUAUUCUGUCUCCAACAAGAGAACUUUCAUGCCAAAUACACGAAGAAGCUAAAAAAUUUUCAUAUCAAACUGGUGUCAAGGUGGUUGUUGCUUAUGGAGGUGCACCAAUUAACCAACAGCUGAGGGAUCUGGAGAGAGGUGUAGAUAUUCUUGUGGCAACACCAGGGCGUUUGGUUGAUUUGUUAGAGAGGGCCAGGGUGUCUUUACAGAUGAUCCGGUAUUUAGCUCUAGAUGAAGCUGAUCGAAUGUUGGAUAUGGGAUUUGAGCCUCAAAUAAGGAAAAUUGUGGAGCAAAUGGACAUGCCUCCACCAGGUGCAAGACAGACAAUGCUGUUCAGUGCUACCUUCCCCAAAGAGAUACAGAGAUUGGCGUCUGAUUUCCUGUCAAGUUAUAUUUUUUUGGCUGUUGGAAGAGUUGGCUCUAGUACUGAUUUGAUCAUUCAAAGAGUUGAAUUUGUUCAUGAUUCUGACAAAAGAAGCCAUCUCAUGGACCUUUUGCAUGCACAGAGGGCAAAUGGUGUUCAAGGCAAGCAAGCUCUUACUUUAGUUUUUGUGGAGACAAAGAAGGGUGCUGAUUCUCUGGAGCAUUGGUUGUGCAUGAAUGGUUUUCCUGCUACUACAAUUCAUGGUGAUAGAACACAACAGGAAAGAGAAUAUGCAUUGAGAUCGUUUAAAAGUGGAAAAACCCCAAUUUUGGUUGCAACGGAUGUGGCAGCUCGUGGUCUUGAUAUACCUCAUGUUGCCCAUGUAGUAAACUUUGACCUCCCUAACGAUAUUGAUGAUUAUGUUCACCGUAUCGGACGAACAGGGCGAGCUGGGAAAACAGGACUGGCCACCGCUUUCUUUAACGAGAACAACUCCUCUUUAGCAAGGGCCCUGUCGGAACUUAUGCAAGAAUCAAAUCAAGAAGUGCCUGCAUGGCUUUCUCGUUUUGCAGCCCGAUCUUCCUAUGGCGGAGGAAGGAACCGUCGGCCUGGGGGAGGUCGUUUUGGUGGUCGCGACUAUCGGAGAGACGCCUCUUACAGUAGGGGCAGUUCUGAUUACUACAGUGGGGGAAACAGCAGUGGCGGCUAUGGGGCUUCUGUUGGAUAUGGUGGAGGAUACAAUCCAGGGAUGACAAGUGCAUGGGACUAGGUAUCUGACUUGUGACUUGGUUCUGUUUGAAAUAUAGUUACUUCUGAAAUAUAGUUUCUAGGUAAUAGUUGUGGACUUAUUCCUUAUUUUACAGGGCUAUUUUUGUUUUAGUUUCCCCCUUUUUCCUUUUUUUUUUUUUUCUUUGGGCUAAUGUUUAGGUUCCCCUUAUUUCUACACACUUUUGAGGAAUUGAUUUCACUGUUUUCAAAGGGAGGGGAAUGUAUUGGCACCACAAGAAUGGAGGUGUGCGAUGCUGGGGGGUGGUGGUGAAAACAAUUUAUGAAGAUUAGGAUUUACUUGUCUAUUGUUUCAUCCUUCCGUUAAAUGGUAGAUUUUGAUGGGUGAUGGGUUGUCAAAUGUGUAGUGGGAAGGGGAAAGGGUUUGUAAUGGUGAUAUUUAUGUUUUUCUCAUAAUGCAUAUUCUCUCUUGACCCAGCUUGACUGGGG